ACACAAUGACAUCUCCAAGGUUUGCUGUCUAUGUGACAUGGUUAUUUUUGUGUAAAAUGGCUCAUACAACUGGUCUAAAGUUGUCAUCACCUGUGCCCCACGAAAGAGGUUUCACAUCAGUCGGUGUUGGAGACAAAAUUACUUUGCAAUGUUUCUAUCAGAAUAAUGAUGGAGCAUGGCUUAGCUGGUAUAAGCAAACGCUGGGACAGAGACCAAAGCUGGUUUCCACCUUCUAUCAGUUUAACGAAGAUGGCACUUUUCAUCAUGAAUUCAAGAACAAUCCACGCUUCACACUGGAUCCGGGAAAAGGUCAGAAUCACUUGACAAUUAUUGAUUUGAAAAUGUCAGACUCAGCAACGUACUACUGUGCACAUAGCACUUCAAAUGUGUUGAUUUUUGCCGAGGGCACUGUUGUCAGUGUGCAGGGUUCAGGCUUGACCGUCCCAGCUUUGCUCCAUCAGUCACCAUCAGAGACCAUCCAGCCAGGAGGCUCUGUGACUCUGAACUGUACAGUACAAACUGGGACCUGUGAUGGAAAACACAGUGUUUACUGGUUCAAAGACUCUGAAGAAUCUCAUCCAACACUCAUUUACACUGAUGGAGGCAGCACUGAUCAGUGUGAGAGGAAACCCAACACAACCCAACGCUGUGACUACAACCUGCCGAUGGAGAGGCUGAAUCCGUCUCAUGCUGGGACCUACUACUGUGCUGUUGUCUCGUGUGGACACAUUCUGUUUGGAAAUGGGACCAAACUAGAUAUUGAGGCUGAGAGCCACCAUCUUGUACCGGUGUAUUUUUUGAGUGCAGCUUUGGUAUUCACCACCAUCCUGGUUGUUUUACUGUUUUUUUUGGUCUACAAGCUAAAAAAGAAAAAGAGCUGUCAAUGUUUGGAGACUGUCGCAACCGUUUCAGCUCCCUCCACAAGAAACACAGAGGGUUACCAAAAUGCACAGAACCCUCAUUAUGCUGCUUUAAAUCUCAAUGUGCCAAACGGAUCAAGGAGGCAGAAGAUGAACAUUGAUGUUGAAUGUGUGUACUCCGGCAUUAAGCAGUAGAUUUUUAAUGUGAAGUAGAUUUUGGUGUAUGAAUUGUAUUGAUAGAAAUAUUGUAUACAUUUAGACCUUAAUAUUUACAACCGUUGCCAACAUUUAAUACAAAAACAAUUAUGUCCUUUUUGUUGUUAGGUGCUGCAUUUAUGCCUAGUAUUUAGAAAUUUGAUGUAAAUUAUUGUCAUAGUGAUUAAAUAUGGCUAAUACCUGACACUUUCA